AUGGGAGGAAAGAAGGCCGAAGGAGGAAACUCCAAGCAGGCGGCGGGCAAUGCUCGUAAAGCCGCAAAUGCCGCCAAAAAGAAGGCCGCGGAGGAACAAGAGCGAGAAGCUGAGGCUGAUGCUGAUUGGUCCAAGGGAGCUAAGAAUAAGUCUAAGAAGGAGGAUGCUGCAAACAAAAGGGCUGCAGAGCUUGAAAGGAAGGCUCUCAAUGCCAAGUUGCUUGAAGAAGAGGAAGCAUCUCAGCCAUCCAAGGGCAAGGGUGCCGGCGCAAAGACCGCACAGAAGAAGACUCGUGGUCUCGAUCUUUCACAACUCGACGAUUCACCAAAGAGCGGAACGCCAAAGAGCGGAUCCUCGAAGGACUGGUCGCCCAAGGUGUCAGAACUCAAUGCCUCCGGUAUUGACAAUGCGCUGGAUGCCCUCUCCUUGACCAGCAAGGAUAGCUCCAAGAUUGAGAAACACCCGGAACGGCGAUUCAAGGCCGCCUAUGCAGCAUUUGAGGCACGACGACUGCCUGAGAUCGAGGAAGAGAAUCCUGGCCUGCGACGAAACCAGCGUGUUGAUCUCUGCCGCAAGGAGUUUGAGAAGAGCGAAGAGAAUCCAUUCAACCAGGUUUAUGUGGCCUCGAACGCAACCAAGGAAGAAAUUGCAGAGGUGCGGAAGCAGGAGCAGCUCAAGACCGAGAAGCGCCUGGCGUAA